CAGGUAUGUGCCCUGACUGGGAUUUGAACCGUGACCUCGUGGUUCAUAGGUUGACACUCAACCACUGAGCCACGCCAGUCAGGCCCAUGUUAUUGUCUUAAAAGCUGCUGAAUAACUCAGGGAAGAGCUCAUCAGAGUCUGAACCUAGGGCAGGAGCAAAAGGGUAGAGAAAGAAGGGACUAGUUUUUCUGAUCGUUAGGAAGCACUUGGACAGCAGUGGGAUGUAUCCUGUGGAGAGCAAGGAUGGGGGGCGGUCAGUUUUAACUGACCAUGGUGUGCUCAGCCUGAUGAGCGAGGAGGAAGGGCUGUGGUGAAGGGGGAGGAGCACUGUCCCUUCCCUUGGCUUCUGGAAGGACUGUUUAUCCCCUCUUACACUACUUUAGCAUCGAUGCUGUCACACUUUUGGCUAUUUCUGUCUCCCCAGAGGACCGGAGUAACCCUGACUGAUUCACUCGGUUUGGAUCCUCAGCAACUAACCUACAAGAACUCACUGGAUUUGAACUGGUGGCACUGUUACCCCAGCUCAUUUCACAACAGCACUAGCAUUCUGUGCGAGCUCCUCUCAUCAGCCAGGCACGGGGAGUCAGGCCUGGGGAAGUCCACCCUCAUCAACAGCCUGUUUCUCACCAACCUCUAUGAGGAUCGGCAGCUGCCAGAGGCCAGUGCUCGCUUGACACAGACCCUGACGAUUGAGCGCCGGGGCGUGGAGAUCGAGGAGGGCGGUAUUAAGGUGAAGCUGACCUUGGUGGACACACCUGGCUUUGGGGACUCGGUGGAUUGCUCAGACUGCUGGCUGCCUGUGGUGCGUUUCAUCGAGGAGCAAUUUGAGCAGUACCUGAGGGAUGAGAGUGGCCUGAACCGGAAGAACAUUCAGGAUUCCCGUGUCCACUGCUGCCUCUACUUCAUCUCACCCUUCGGCCGCGGGCUCCGGCCCCUAGAUGUGGCCUUCCUCCGGGCGGUGCACGAGAAGGUCAACAUCAUCCCAGUCAUCGGCAAAGCAGACGCCCUGAUGCCUAGAGAAACCCAGGCUCUCAAGCAGAAGAUUCGGGACCAGUUGAAGGAGGAGGAAAUCAACAUCUACCAGUUCCCUGAUUGUGACUCAGAUGAAGAUGAAGACUUCAAGCGGCAGGAUGCACAGAUGAAGGAAAGCAUCCCUUUCGCAGUUGUGGGUUCAUGCGAGGUAGUGAGGGACAUCGGCUCCCGACCAGUGAGGGGUCGCUGCUACUCUUGGGGCACCGUGGAGGUGGAGAACCCACAUCACUGCGAUUUCCUGAACCUGCGACGGAUGCUGGUGCAGACGCAUCUGCAGGACCUGAAGGAGGUGACGCACGAUCUGCUCUACGAGGGCUACCGGGCCCGCUGCCUGCAGAGCCUGGCCCGGCCUGGGGCCCGCGAUCGCGCCAGCCGCAGUAAGCUCUCCCGCCGGAGCACCACCGAGAUCCCGCUGCCCAUGCUGCCCAUGCUGCCCCUGGCCGAGACUGAGAAGCUGAUCCGCGAGAAAGACGAAGAGCUGCGCCGCAUGCAGGAGAUGCUGGAGAAGAUGCAGGCGCAGGUGCAGCAGAGCCAGGCCCCGGGCGAGCAGUCGGACGCCCUCUGAGGACCCCGCCCGGUGCCGCUUCACUCAGCUCCGCCCUCCUCCGCCUCUGGUCCAACCCCCGGGCCCCGGGCUGCCCGGCGCCUGACCCGGAGCCCGCCCUGGCACGGGGCUCGGCCAAACAGGUUCUCCCGAUCCCAGAGCCGUAGUCCCGCCUUUGGCCCCGCCCCGCCCGCCCUCCGCCCUCCGGAGCCGGAGCUUCCAGCCCAGCAGUGUCUCCAUAAAGACGCUUCCUGCCCUCACCAUGUGGCUCCAUUGGUGGACCGUUGUCAAGUGCACCGAAAGGUCACUGGUUGGACUCCGGUCAGGGCACAAGGCCCAGAUUGCCGACCCGGCCGGGGUGCGUUCGGGAGGCAAUGGAUCGAUGUUCCAUGUUUCUCUCACAAAUAGAUGUCAUUUUCUCUCUAAGAUCAAUUUAAAAAUUAAAAAACAGCCCUAACCGAUUUGGCUCAGUGGA